AUGGGAGGGCAGGGGGCGGAGUCGGCGGCAGUCAGGUGUUUCAGCACCACAGACAGCGUCGGGGCGAAGCGCAGCCUCCGAGCGAGCGAGCGAGCAUCAGUCGGGUCGGCGGUGAGUGCGGCGCUCAAGUCCCACCUGCGAUCUCACACGCGCUCGCCGAGGGCGUCUCGUCUGAAGAAAAAAAUCAAAUCAAAUCACAGCCGAGUGUGUCGAGUCAUGGAGGGGCUGAGCAGCACCGAGGCGAAGGACUACAUCGUCCAGCGGGAGAUCCCUUUGCUCUUCGAGAGUAUGCUGACAGGUCUGAUGUUCCAUCGGCCGCAGGACCCCAUGGAGUUUCUGGAGGGGUGCCUGAGCCGCGUUCGAGAGCUUGGAGGCGUGGAGAAGGUCCGGUGGGACACCUUCAUCACUACAGAGAAGAAGGCGCAGCCCCCAGCAGGCCAAAGGGCGCAGCUCCGCAGCCAGAGUAGCUGUGCGGUACUGCCUCGUGGUGAUCGACAGCUUGGGCACCAGCUGUCCAUCGAGAGUGACACCGAUCUGUCCGAGACCGACGAGCUCAUCGCUGAGUACGUUAUCUUCGACCCCCAGAAGCCCAGGCCUCGCAUCAUCUUGAUCAUUGGAGGACCAGCCAGCGGGAAGGGCACUCAGAGCCUCAAGACGGCGGAGCGCUACGGCUUUAUGUACAUCUCCGUGGGGGAGGUCCUUCGGCAGAAGAUGAUACACAGCGCCUCGAGCAACCGGAAGUGGGGUCUCAUUGCUAAAAUCAUCACCAACGGGGAACUGGCACCACAGGAGACAACCAUCAAUGAAAUAAAGCAGCGGCUGAUGCAAAACUCCGACGCCAAGGGCUUUGUCAUCGAUGGCUUUCCCAGAGACGUGGCACAGGCCAUCUGCUUUGAUGACCAGAUCUGCCAGCCGGACCUCGUCCUGUUCCUGUCGUGUGGCGCCUCAAAGCUUAAGGAGCGACUGGAGAAGCGAGAGCAGCAGGGCCGGCCUGACAACAACCCCAAGGCCAUCGCCCGACGCUUGGCAACGUUCAAGCAGAAUGCAAUGCCCCUAGUGAGCUACUACCAGGACAAGGAGGUCAUCGUCAAGCUGGACGCCAGCAGAGAUGAAGAACAAGUUUUCCAGGACAUCUGCGUCACUGUGGACCACAGGCUCUUCCCUGCCAAGGAACCAGCAGAAGGGGCCAGCGAGCCGGACCUCAGCAUGAUAGCGGAGAACGGCUCCGAUUCAGACGAGAUGGAUGACGAGGCCGAACACGACUGCAUGACGUGCCCACCAGAAACCGCCGAAGAUAAGUUGCAUCGGACUCACGUUAUAUUCAUGUUUGGUGGUCCCGGCUCUGGAAAGAACACUCAAUGCCAGCAGAUCGCGGCCAGAUAUGGAUACCUGCACUUGUCUGUGGGCGAGCUGUUGAAGCUGGAGGUGGCCAGCAGGUCUCCAACAGGGCAGCAAAUCAAGGAGCUCAUGGAGAGGGGGGACACGGUGUCAAAGGAAAUUGUUGUGGCGCAGCUGCGAGACACCAUGCUCAGGAGUUUGCCAUCCGCCAAAGGGUUCGUGAUCAGCGGCUUUCCUACUGAUGAGGACGAUGGCCAGAAUGAAGAAUUCGAAAAGGUGGUAACAAGUCCUGAAGUGGUGCUGCUGCUUGAGUGCUCGUCAGAGACCAUGGCAGACAGACUCUACAUUCAAAGUCUUGUCAGCCUGCACCACCGAGAUGAAGCCUCCAUCAGGAUGAAAACAGAGGCCUGCAAGAAAACGCUGGAACCCACCAUUGCCGCUUAUGAGAAGAGAGGACUUGUGCACCGGGUGUGUGCAGAGGGAACCCCAGAAGAAACGUUCAAACAGGUGUGCGCAGUUCUGGACACAAGCCGGUCAUUUUAGACGCAGUGGAUGAUUAGGUUGCUCAUUCUGUAAUUUGGAGUUCCCAAGUGAAAUAAAAUGAAAUCUGCUCAAA